GUUUCUAUGGCGACCAGUCAGCUGCUGCGCCAGCGGACUCUGUUCUGCGUGGUAUGUGCGUGUGCGUGGACUGUGAAUGUUCAACAGGAGAUCCCUCUCACGGUGUCGCAUUGAGACGAAGGUGGAAGGAGCGAAUUGUGUGUGCCUAACAAUCAUACCUCUGACGUUACAUACAAAUUGCUGCGGUUUGUGUGUGGACACACUCUCAGACAGAGUCUCUUCUCUUCUCGGCCGACACUGUUUUAGUGAAUUGAUGUGAUAUGAAUUAGCUGUGGAUGAAUUUUAGGAGCUGCAGAAAACUGAUGAUGAGGCACUGGGCUGGACGGAAAGAAAGAGAUUAACAACAGAGCCGCACGUUUUGGCGUCUGAGGUAACCUGCUGCUGUCCUCAUGGUGCUCCGUUGUACCCGUCUGGACUGCUAGAAAAGCCUGGGGAAAAGGCAGCAGAACCCGCUACAGAACGACGGGUUUCGCUACUCUGCUGUCUCAGACUGGCAGCUGCAAUGUAGACAAUACAGUGUUAAUGAAUUAAGUUUUCAGCAGCAGAGCGCGCUUUGCGGGCGGACGGACGGACGGACGCAGUCGUGUCGAGUCCAGCCAGGCGGCGCACCACCGGCGGUGACCGAACAUCAUCGCAGCGAUCCUCGCGUGGAGAGGGAGCAGCCCGCAGAGCAGAGCCUCCUCCGUGGGUGGACCGUGUGCCUUUCAGCCUGUCCCCCCAUUCAACAUCACUCAUCAUCCGCUGUGUCGGAGCGGCGGUCACGAUGGCGCUUUAACGCCCCCCAAGCGAGCUCGACACCGGCGGCAGAGAACAGUCAGAGAUCCGUGGUCGCGGGGGACAUGAGCGCGAGCCCGUCCGGUUUGCUAGGACACAUGGAGGACCUGCAGGACCUGGCCAUCAUCGAGAGACCCAUCCGGAGGAGCCUGAAGACAGCAGAGGAGAUUGACAAGCUCACAGUAGACGAAGAUCUGAAUGACAUUGAGCGGGCCGUCUACCUCCUCAGUUCGGGACAGGAUGUGCAGCGGGCCAGCGUGGUGGUGAACCUGCCAAACCUGGUGCGACAGAACCCAGCCGAGACCUUCAGGAGGGUAGUGCCAAAAGUCCGGGAGGUGCUGCACGUGGCGGGAGUAGAGCUGCAGCUGGCCGCUGCCAGCUCCUUCCUCACCAUCCUCCAAGACGACAUUGUCCUAAUCCAGACGCACACUCACUCCAUCCUGCAGAUUGUGCUGCUCAAUCUGGAUCACCGGGAUACAGCAGUAGUCAGCAACGCCUGGCUGGAGACACUCCUGGCUGCUGUUGAUGUUCUGCCGAAGGAGACCAUUAGGCAAGAGAUCCUGGGCCCACUGGUGUCGAAGGCACAGCUGUCACAGUCUUUGCAAGCACGUCUGGCCAGCUGUCGCAUCCUGGGGAAGGCAGCCACCAAAUUUGAGUCUGCAGUCGUGAAGAAGGAGCUUCUUCCCCUGGUCCGGUCACUGUGUCAGGAUGUGGAGUACGAGGUGCGCUCCUGCAUGUGUCGACAGCUGGAGAACAUCGCAAGGGGAAUCGGGAUGGAACACACCAAAGCGGUGGUCCUGCCGGAGCUGGUGGAACUGGCCCAGGACGAAGGGAGCACAGUGCGGCUGGCCGCCUUUGACACCGUUGUCAACCUGCUGGAGAUGUUUGACAGCGAUGACAGGACUCAUGUUGUUUUUCCGUUGGUGAAGACCUUCUGCGAAAAGUGCUUCAAAGCUGACGAGGCAGUUCUGGCCUCCUUGUCCUUUCAGUACGGGAGGCUCUGUCAUGGUCUUUCAGGGAGCUUCUCAGAAGAGCAGCACCUUUGGUUCCUGGAGUUCUACAAGAAGCUGAGUGUCCUUGGCCUGCAGCUGGAGAACGGGCACUGUGAGAGCCAAGCAUACCCUCUGGAACUAGAGCGGAAAUACGAGACUGUGCGAAGGAACUGUGCAUACAACUUCCCAGCUAUGGUGUUAUUUGCAGACCCUAAAUGCUUCCUGGCGGAGCUGUAUCCCACCCUCUCCAGCCUGUGUCACGACCCUGAGAUCUCUGUUCGACGCACAGUGGCCGAUGGCUUCCAUGAAGUUGUUAAACUCCUAGGCCCCAAUGUACAUUACGUUCACAAGGAAUUAGUGGAGCUUCUGCAGGACGAAUCUCUGGAGGUUCUGGACGCUUUGCUGAAUUCCCUGCAGGAGACACUGGAGCUUGCCACAUCAAGAGGGGAAGGGGCUGGGUCAGAGAGCAAGCAGGUAAGCGUGCCCGAUCUGAUCCCAGCCCUGGCAGCUGCCGAGCAGAAAGCUGCUGCCUCGCUGCGUUGGCGAAUCUACGAGAAGCUGUUGCGGAGUUAUGCCUGCCUACCCCGCAUCAUUGCCGGAGACCAGAUCUACUUCCGCUUCCUGCAGAGAAUGUUCACCAUUGUCACAACAACGAACGUUCUGCCUGUCCAACGGGAGGCAGCCCGGACACUGUGCGUCUUCCUGCGCUACAACCGCAAGCAGGAGCAGCGACAGGAGAUCAUUGGCAAGGUUGUGGAACAGCUGGCCCAAGGAAAGAGUUAUUGGAACAGGUUGCGGUAUUUGGACCUCUGUGAAAUUGCCAUGGAGCUCUUCUCCAAGUCCUACUUCUGCAAAUACUUCCUGGUUCCAGCACUGGAGCUGGUCAACGACCCUGUUGCCAAUGUCAGGUACAAGCUGUGCCGCAUGCUGCCAAGGCUGAAGGCCUGCAUCAGGCUCCCGGGGGACAAACACCUACUGCAGCAGCUUGAGUUCUGCGUGCGCAAGCUGCUGUGCCGAGAGAAGGACAAGGACGUAGUGGCCACCGUCCGCAAGAUAGUACUGGAUCUGGACAAAAUGGACAUCACAGAACCAUAUCACAAGAGGCACGAGCGGGACCUGCUCGACCAGAAGAAGGAGACAGAGGAGAUUCUCCUUCUGGAAAUGGAGCAGCUGGAAAGACAACAGACAGAUGGAAAGCUUACAAUUGAUAAACAUACAGAAAAGAAACGAAGGGACAGUAAGACUGGUUUGUCUGUAACCAAAAGCAUGUCAGGGUCUACGUCUGGAGCAACUUUGUCCACCUCAGCUGGGAAGGAGAUGAAGAAGGCCAAGCUGGCACGCAGCCGAUCGCUCAGCAGCCAUCCAUCCACAUCCAAGAUGGUAAAUUCAGAAAAAACAGUGAAGGUGAAGGAGUCAGGAAGCUGCCCAGCAAUGGGGAAAAACACUCUGCUCCCCAUAAACGAUGAUACGCUGAGGUCCCACCACUUCAGCACAGCCUCCACCUCGAUGUCGCCUAUCACAUCCUCCUCCUCUAUGCCAGUGCUGAUUCGCAGCAACACCACCAAUUCCACUGAACACCGGACCAAUGGCCCGAAGGAUACGCAGUCUAGGAAGCUCAAUGUACAAAGAAAGUCAAAUUCUUUUGGGAUGCAGUCGGGACGAGACUGAUGGGAAGAUGGGAUCCCACCCCCACCCUUCUUCCUUCUGGAUCUAGAGAUGGAGCCAGCAGCCAAAUCACUCAAUUUCCACAAGGUCCUAUACCCAUUUAAAAUUGUCAAAAUCAUGACAAAUAAACUAAUAACACAAUAAAAGCAGUAUUUCUUUAACCUUGGCUUUUUGGGAGCGUCUGAAUCAGCCUACAACCACCCAUGUCUGCCUUACUCUCCUGUUUGUUAAAAUAACAGCUGUACAGUGUGUGUUUUAUUUAUUUGUUCAAUUUUUUUUGUAAAAGAGCAUGCAAAUGUGCAUUUCUUCUGUUUAGAGCUGCAACUCACUUAAGAUUUUGUGAAAUUUAUAAAGAUGAAUUUCACAGUAGACUUCCCCGGGGAUCUGAAACAUGCCAUCUGCCAAUUUUAAAUGUGCCUGGUGUAACACCUGAUUA